UCAAAUGAAUGUAUCUGAUUUCAUGCUGGAGUCUUUGCCACUUUGUACUGACUUAUUUGAAAUGUGCUAUUGGAAUGGCGAGAGAAAAAACUGUUGUGAAAUAUUUUCCCUGCAAAGAACAGAAGAGGGAUUUUGCUAUUCAUUCAACUCUUUGACUGCCGAGACAAAAAAGGAAUGUUAUAUUAGGGAUUUUUUCAUGCAGUCAUUAUUACUCAAUGAUCAAAAUCCAGCUUGUACACCUAGGCAAACGACUUCUUCAGGAAGAUACUCUGGGCUUACUGUGGUAUUAAAAAAAGAUGAUCAACUUCUUCUAAAUGGAUUUUCCAGGGGGAUAAAUGUUUUGAUUAGCCCAACUUAUGAACUUCCAGAAGCUGGCAGUGGUGUUGUGUUAAAAAGAAAAUCAGGGAGAAUGCUUGAGAUUGAAGUCACACCGAUUAUAAUUGAAUGCUCUUCUAAAUUAAUCAGCUAUUCUUCAGCAAAAAGGGAGUGUGUUUUACCUCAGGAAAAGGCAUUAAAAUUCAACAAUUUCUAUAGCCAAACCAAUUGCCUUAUUGAAUGUAGACACAAUUUUAUAAGCAAAAAUUGUAAUUGCCAGCCAUACUUUUUCAAUGAUGUUACAAGUGGAUUACCAGAGUGUAAUCUUGAAAAAUUGAACUGCCUGGCAAAUUUGUCAGCUGAAAUAAGAGUUAUGGCCGAUUUGGUAUACAGCAACAGAAUUUUAAACAUGAGAAAUAACACAGAUUGCUCAUGCCCUGUACCAUGCUAUGGCACGAUGUACAACUCGUUAAUUAAACGCAGCAAUCUGAGUGUAUUCGAUGGAGAAAUUCAGCAUGGAUUGUUGGACGUGCAUUUCUCAAAUUUGGGAGCAGUGAAUUAUCUUAGAAAAAUAAGCUUUAGCCAGCAAGAGCUAAUAGUGAGCAUUGGCGGAACAGGUAAUUUAUUUCUGGGAUGCAGUGUAAUAAGUCUAAUGGAACUUGUAUACUACUUCUUCAGAGGUUGUGUGACCAUAUUGACAAGGUGCUUGAGAAAAUAUCGUCAACGAUUAAUUCAACCAACAAGAUUUGGAUUUUACAACUAAACUUGUAUUGUUUACACCUAAGUUUAUAAAAUGCUGUUCAUACCAAAUCAUAAGCUUUAUGUAAUUCUUGUUUGUCAUUAGUGUACAAAAUUACUCAGUAUUGAAAGAGAAGUUGUAUCGAUCAAUAAAGUAGUGCUAG